CUUCGUGCUGGAGGCCUUCCGCUUCAAGGACUCUCUGGCCGAGGACUUGCGACGAGCAGACCUAGUCAUCAGCCACGCAGGUGCAGGUAGCUGUUUGGAGACACUGGAAGAAGGAAAACCACUAAUAGUGGUAAUAAACGAAAAGCUGAUGAACAACCAUCAGCUUGAAUUGGCAAAGCAACUCCACAGAGAUGGACAUGUUCUCUAUUGUAAUUGCAGCACUCUUGUGGAGACACUGCAGUCAAUGGACUUGUCGACUUUGAAACCCUUUCCUCCUGGACAGCCAGAAAAAUUUGCUUUGUUUUUGGAUAAAGCAGGCUGGAAGAAGUACUUCGGGCAGAAGUCCCUCAGCGAGGUCACCAUGGACGAGUACCUGGGCAGCCUGGGGCUCUACCGCAAGCUCACGGCCAAGGACGCCUCGUGCCUCUUCCGCGCCAUCUCGGAGCAGUUGUUUUCAUGCCAGAUCCACCACCCCGCGGUGAGGAAGGCGUGCGUCACCUUCAUGAGGCAGCACCAGCGCAACUUCGAGUCGUACGUGGAAGGCUCGUUUGAGAAGUACCUGGAGCGCCUGGGAGAUCCAAAGGAAAGUGCUGGCCAGCUGGAAAUAAGUGCCCUGUCAGUAAUCUACAAUCGAGACUUUAUUCUGUACCGGUACCCUGGAAAGCCACCCACCUAUGCUACAGACAAUGGCUUUGAAGACAAGAUUUUACUGUGUUGUUCCGGCAAUGGCCAUUAUGACUCUGUGUAUACAAAACAAUUCCAGGCAAAUGCUGCUAUUUGCCAGGCUGUACUGUAUGAGAUCCUGUACAAAGAUGUAUUUGCCAUGGAUGAGGAAGAAUUAAGGUCUGCAGUUGAGAUGUUUCGAAGUGGGUCUAAGAAGAACAGGAACAAUGGUGCUGUAGGAAGUGAGGAUGCAAACUUCGAUUGUUUUCCUGAAAAAGUAUCCAAAAUCUCGCCAGAAAAGAGAAUGGAAGACUGGGAAGGCAAUGAUAGCGACAACCCACCGGAGGAGAAAUUCAAGCAAGGCACUGAGGAAGCAAAGCUUCCAGAAAAUCCUUCGAAGAUGCCCUUUCCAUAUAAAGUGCUAAAGGCUCUGGACCCUGAGAUCUAUCGAAAUGUAGAGUUUGAUGUUUGGCUGGACAGCAGAAAAGAACUUCAAAAAACAGACUACAUGGUGUUUGCUGGGCGACAGUACUAUUUAGGAGACAAGUGUCAGGUACGUCUGGAGCCUGGAGGUAAGUAUUACAAUGCUCAUAUCCAGGAAGUUGGACAGGAUGGCAACACGGUGACUGUAUUCAUUGAAGAACUGGCAGAAAAGCAUAUGGUUCCUUUGGCAAACCUAAAACCCGUGACACAAGUGGCACCUGUCCUUGCUUGGAAUGUAGUUCCUAGCCGUAAAGGAGGAAGCUAUCAGAAAUUAACAGGUGGAUACUUCUCAGGAAUAGAAAUGGAUAUGAAAACGCGGAAGAGAUUGCUUAAGAAAGUCCGUGGAAAGGAAGUUUUUAUGACUGUGGCCUAUAGUCGAGGUCAGCCAGUUCUUCCACCCCGGCUAGGGUGCUCUUCUCCAGUUCACUGUGUGCAGGGUGGUGGAAACGUGGCACCUUACGAACCCUAUCAUCCUCAGAAUCCUCCUCAGAGACAUGGCCGUGGAUUUGGGAUGCCGAGGGGAUCUGCCCGAUUUAUAAACAGGCACAACAUGGUUGGCCCUCAAAUAGCAUUCUACCCCAGUCCAGGAAAGAGAUGCUAUCAGAGCUAUGACAAUUUCUCCUACAGGUCCCGUUCAUACAGCCGUAGUCGCCGUCAGAUGCAGUGUGUGAAUAAGGAAUGUCAGUAUGGGUUUGUACCAGGAAAUGGAGAGGACCCUCAAGGAUCAGAAGAAACAAUAACUUUCUAUGAAAUUGAAGAAGGAGAUGAAACUGCUUUUCCUCCUUUACCAAGCCAGGGCAGCCCUGCUCCCAUUGUCCAUGGUCCAGCAGGGUUCUGGGUAGCAAGGAGAGGCCCCAACUCUGUUCCAGUAAAUAAGCAGGCCCUGAAUUCCUCAGGGGAGGAAUUGGAAGAAACAGGUGAAAACGGGAAGUUUCACGAAGAAUACAUCUAUGCACCUUCAGAUCCAGACUGUGAAACUGCAACAGUAUUUAGUUCAGCAGAACCUACAGCAAACUUGGAAGAAGGGACGGUGUCUGUCUCUCCUCAAGAAGGAGUUGCUUCCUACAGUUAUCCCCAGAAGGUGAUGGUGAAUUCUGCAGUGAUCUCAACCUCCACCUGUGUUAAUGCUGCUCCAGCUACAGUUUUCUCCUCAAAUUCUGCUGCUUCCACUCAAGCCAGUGUCACAACAGCAGUUCCUCCACAAACAGCAGUGCAACCAAUCCUAGUAUCCCCCCCUUCUAUAGGGAGGCCAGAUACAAAGGUUUUGCAGUACUAUUUUAAUCUGGGAUUGCAAUAUUAUCAUCAGAGCUAUUGGCAUUCCAUGGUGUACGUACAGCCAGUGCCGCCACCGUCAGCUGUGGAAGCUUAUCCAGCAUAUCCCGAGCCUGCUCCCAUCCUGGAGCAGCCAGUACCUCAACUCUACACUGAUACGGGGCGUCCUGAAGUCCAUCCAGUUCCCCUGGAAACCCCUGCCAAUGGUCACUUUCAAAAUGCCGAGCCUCCACCCCCGUCCCAUGGAACAGUGUAUUAUCCAGUGGUGUCGGAUCCCUUCAACCAGCCGCCUCUCCCUGGGUUUGACUCUUGUAUCUCUUUAGUACCUACCUACCACUACAUUAGUUCUUGGCAUCCAGUAAAUCCGUCCUAUGGGAAUUCUCCCCGAAUUCCUAAUGCUGUAAGUUCUGGACCACUGCACCAAGUCAGCUAUAUUACCUCACCUAACCCUGCACCGCACUACGUACCUCAAGGAAUGUGACCCUGAGAGGUGUGUAAGCUCACUCCUUGCAUGUGGUUUCUCUUGUUUCUUUUUUGUCAACUAUAUGUUAAUAUUGUUUCAUAACUGCUAUCCUAUCCCAGUGGGCUGGGUACUGGUUGAGUAAACUGAAUUUCAUUUGAAUUUCAUAUUUCUCUUCU